AUGCACCUCUCAAGUGUCCUCCUCUGCUCCGUGGCUGUCGUGUUCGGCAUUGCGGCCAGCAACCCUAGCAAGCCGCAACCGAUCCUCAUCGCUGGAACCUAUACCCGUGACAUGGGCUGGAUUAAUGGUACGGGUGAAGGCAUCUACACGUACAAGAUCAUGGACGAUGGAUCCCUCAUAAAACUGGCGGUCACGGUAUUAGGAAGCAACCCCAUGUACGUCCAGGGCACCAAUAAGAAGUUUAAUACUGGCAAGAAAGUGAUCUAUGCCGUGAACUCCAUUGACGACGUGGUCCCUGUAGAGCCCGGCAAGGUCACCGGAUACGUGUCGGCCCUCAGUCUGAAUGGCGACGGUACGCUUAAGCUGCUGAACACGCUCCCAACGCGCGGUGGAUCACCAACCCACAUCUCGUUGAACUCUGCCGAGACUUUUGUUGUCGUCUCCAACUACGCUGGCAGUGUCACGAUGUUCCCUAUCCAUCCAGACGGUUCUCUCGGCAAGGAGACAUACCAUGAGGAAUUUCUGAAAGGUAGCAAGGUCGUCAAGGACCGGCAGGACACAGGCCACAUCCAUAGCUCCACGUGGCUACUAAACUCGGAUCACGUCAUUCUCGCAAACUUGGGUAGCGAUGAAUUGAUUGAGUACAAGCUGAAACCAAAGAAGCAGACGCUAAAGAGAAUAGAGGCUGUGAAAAGCUCACAUGGAGCUGGACCACGUCACAUGGCACUUCACCCUAACGGCAAAAUCGCGUACGUUGUAAACGAGCUCAGCAAUACUGUCAGCGUUUACAAAAUCAGCGAUCACAACGAGGCCCCUAAGAUGUCAAAGAAGGCUUUACAAGAAAUCACGACGCUUCCGAGUACCUUUACGGGCUUCAGUACCAGCGCUGACAUCCAUUUGUCCAGCAAUGGAAAGUUCCUGUACACGUCAAACCGCGGCCACGACUCCAUCGCGAUUUUCAAGAUUGAGACUGAUGGUACCCUCGUGUCGAUUGGAUGGGAGAAAACCCGAGGGACGGGUCCUCGUGGCUUCGUGAUUACCGGGAAGUAUCUGAUUGUGGCCAACCAGAACUCGAACGAUAUGUUUGUGUUCAAAGUGGACUGCGAAACGGGGUUGCUUUCGUUCACGGGCAACAAGUAUGAGAUUGGUACGGCUGUAUGCCUUUAUGUCACAGAGUUUUAG